AUGUCUGAUAAAGGAGCAUCUCCUGAAAAAAAAAAAAAAACUGAUACAUCGUCAUUACCCCAAUGUCCAUAUGGUGCAAAAUGUUAUCGGAAAAAUCCUCUACAUUUUCGUGAAUAUUUGCAUUCAGCAGUGGCACCGGAGCCAUCGAGUACCACAACAGUGAGUACAACAACAGCGAGUACAACAGCAGCGAGCACAACAGCAGCGGGCACAACAGCAGCGGGCACAACAGCAGCGAGCACAACAACAGCAUCGAAAUCAAAAAUCGGUAAGCGAUCUCUUAAUUCAUUAUUGCAAAUAGUGGACUUUUUGUCAUCAUGUGUAACGACAAGUAAGACUUCGUAUGAUCAACAAUGA